UGUGUCUCAUUCAUUCAACCUAUAUUUUACUUCUCUUUUUCCUCUUCUUUGCUUAUAAAUACCUCCACCAACUCUCCCAAUUCCCUCACAAAAAAACUAGUAUUCACAACUUUCAUUCAUUCUCAUCAUAAUCUCAUCUCUCGGUUUCUAACACAGAAGAACGAAGAACAGCAUGGGAAUCUGCACAUCUACUGAAUACUCGGUGAAAGGUGGAAAGCUGAGUUGGCAAUCGACGGUGAACAUAGUGAGCAUAGAUGGGAGGUUGGAGCAACUGAAGGAGCCGGUUAAGGCAUGGCAUGUCUUGUCGGAGAACCCAAACUGUUACAUAUGCUGCUCAGAAACCAUGUAUGUCGGAUCGCCAAUGCUCGCUGUGCCUCCAACUCAAGAUCUUCAAUUGGGUCUCAUAUACUUCAUUGUGCCACUUUCCAAAUCCCGUGUUCCACUCUCUCUUCAGGACUUGGGGGCACUUGCCAUCAAGGCUAAUGCAGCUAUAGCUGCAGCUGGAACUGGAACUGGAACUGCAACUACUGCUACAACACCUAACUACCCAAUCUUAAAACGUAAUCCACAAAAGAAAUUCCGCACGCAUCCUAUUCUUUCAAACGUUUCUCUGGGGUAUUCCCAUUAGGUUUUGGAAAUUGCGUGUGUGAUAUCUUCACACGUGUUGUGAAAUCUGUGGAUUGAUCUGCUGGAUGAUGAUGGUGUGGUGAAGUCAAGAGACAAGCUCGGUCUAUGGAUCUAUAUACACAUAUAUGUAUGCUUAAGCCACCAUAUAUUGCAGAUUUUUGAAGUUCUGCAGAAACUUUCAUGAAAAACAACGAAGAAUUACAUAUGGUGAAGGGAAUUAAGGUGACAAAGACCAGAUUAUCGAUCAAUUCCUACUCUGGAGUACGCAUGUGAAAUGGACGAGACUUCAGAAUUAUAAGCCAAAAAAUGAAAUGUGUAUGCUAGAACUAUGCUAGCUGAUAAACAUUUGUGUCAAAUAUUCACUUCAAUUUUUUUAGCUAUUGGUUUAUAUGUCUGUACAGAAGCUUUUGAGAUAAUUGAAUGUUGUGCUUUAGCACUUUGCAAAUGAUCAUGAUUUUUGUCUUGCAA